ACAUUGACAUGAAAUUCCUAUGUCCUUCAGGUAGUACAGAGAGAUGAUGAUGAUCCCCAGAGGGAGGGGAGGGAGGUUGUUGAGGAAGAACCAGUGGCCCAGCUCAAGAAGGAGCCCAAGAAGACAGGAAAGGUAAAAUGGCAGGAGUGACAGGGCAACUACUAGACUAGUAACACUCAAUUGUCACAAUAGCUGCAUUGACCUGAUGUAACAUGUCUAUUAUUUGUGAUCUGGAAUCUAUUCUAUUAUAUUCUAUCCAAGGCGAAGAGGAAAAGUAGUGCCAAGAAGUCAGGGGAGCAGGGCACUGAUACGGAUGCAGGAUUGAGGAAUAAACACCCGGACAGAGGAUCUGUUAUUGAGCUCUUGGAGAAGAAGGCUCUUAAGGCUGCAUUCGGCCCAGGCAACAAAGAUGAGAUGGAGGACUGCUACCCAAUCCUCAUCUCAUUCAUGCGCAAUCAUACUGAUGAGCAAUGGCAAGUGAUCUAUAAAGGAUUUAAAAAACCUAUGACAAAGGAACAGCUUGCAAAAUUGUGCAAGACCAUUGUCAACUUCAUUGCACAGACCACCCUGCAGAUCCUGCUGCCGGCCCUGGCCCGCAUUCUAGGGGUGACGGGCUUUUAUGACAACGCUGACUCACUCAAGAGGGGUGGCAGUGCAAGAUCCUUCACUGCCUUUGAGCAGAAAAGACUGGAGCUCAUCCAGGAAGUUAAAUAUUUGGCGAAGUAACUGUGGCGGCAGGGCUCUCCGACCAAGGUCUAGCACACCCUCUUCCAAGAGUUCCCAGACCUCACUGAAAGUCCACCUGGGAAUGCCAGAGGACAGUAUCAUCAGCAGUGUCCAGGAGCAACUGUCAAAAUCUGACCAAAUGGUGGCUGCAGGACAGCUUUCACAAAUAGAUAAAGUGGUUGGAACUAUGCUGGAGAACAUUGAGAAGAUAAGCAGCGAAUGUGGCGAGGAAUUGGUCUAUCAAGAGUCACUGCGGUCUUCCUCCUCGUUGUCAUUCUCAACUGCCAAAUCACAGAAGACAGAGUGGGAAUUUGCACUCCCAUUCCUUCUGAGUUACCCGAGAGUACUGCUCAGCCCAUUGUAAGAUGCUCAGUCAUUGACAUGAGCGAAUCUACUAAGCCAAAAAAAAUGGUGUGUGAUGCCAGAACAAGCAUGUUUGCCAUAGCCGAUACCAUCAUGAAGAAGGUAUAUCCAGAGGCAGAAGGGCAGGUUACAUCUCACCCUGAUCUAACAGAUCCAAUAGCUAGACUGGAGGAGCUCAUAUCUCAGGGUAGGAUUGGUGCUCUCUCCCGUGAUCUCAGUCACCAAGUCAACCGCAUAAUUUCCGAUAGCAACUUGACCCCUCUGGGACUGACAGUGGCGGCUGGAAAGAGUGCAUCUGAUACCAUCCUUUCGAAGCUGAAGAGGAAUGACAAGGUGGGGAAGCCCACAACUUACGAGCUGGUUCAGCUGUUUGUAGAGGAGUCUGUUAAGUGCCUCCUGCUUCCUAGUUUUGUGCCCUAUUCAACUUCAAUGAGUUUGGCUCAGGGGGCCAAGGUGUUGGCUAGAGUGUCUGAAGAUAGAAUUUCAUGCUCUUCUUCUUCUUCAUCAGUAUUUAGUGACAGUCAGUCUCUUUACCAAAGUUAUGGUAAGCCAGGUCAUGUACUCUGUGGAUUCUGAUGCAGAAAGUAGAGGAUCCUCUCCAACUGAAUCUCUCCAAACAUCUGAACCCACUAUAUCUGAUAUAGGCAAUCUAUUGAGUGGCAAGUCCUCCCCUCGGCUGUCUCCUUCUGGCACCAUUAUGGCAACAAGCGAGACCUCCAAUGCAGCACAAAUCUUGAAGGCCAACAUUGAUGGAGAGGAAGUGGAUACCACCAGUCAUUCUGGUGUAGCUCAAAACAUUGUCAGGGACGAUAUGUCAACCAGCCCAGACAUGGUCAAAGAUGUCACACUUCCAACCCCAUCCUCUGAUAACUUGGGCAGUGAUGAUGACGUCACCUGCCUCAUCAGCAUGUUAGUAAUGAGAAUUCUAACAGAAAUCCAAACCCCAGCAGAAGAUUACCCAGUUGACGUCACACGCAAGUCACAAGACCUGAUCCCUAAAGUUAUGGAGGUCUUCUGUGCAUGGUCAGGCUGCUCUGAGACACAAGCCUAUCCAGAGAACUUGAGGAUUCAUAAAGUCUACAGAGUCGUCUAUAAAAAUCUGUUGGAGGAGUUUGGCUCGGAGAAAAUCCUCCAACAGGCCGUGUCGACUCAGGACUCUUCAUUUGAUAGGAUUCUUGUCAAGUCUUUGAGUGAAGCGCUUCUCCACAGAUGUAAUGAGGCAUUGAGGGCAGCCUCAAGAACAUCAGUCAAAACCACCGGGCCUAAGGCUCUUCCACUGGCUGAGGAUGUGAGGGCUAGCAGCGGGAAACUAUCUUUUCUACAAAGGCUGGUCAGGCUGACAAGCAACUUAAAGCUAUUCAAGAAGGGGAACAAGAAGGAUUCCCACCGCUCUGAAUCAGAACAAGUACAGACCACUGCUGAAGAUGGCAUGCUGCCCAGCAUAGUGCCACAUGCUGCCAUGUCUGCACUGCCAAAGGAUCUCCCCGCCAGCUCCCAACAGGAGACGCCUCACAAACGUCCACUUCUCGUCAGGAUGUUUUCUGCCAUCUCCAAAGGCCUGUUCAAGCCCUUCAAACAGUCCUUAAAGACCAAGUAACUUCAGACAAUUAAUUAAACGUCAUUCAUUGCAUUAAAUUGGCCUUUGUCUUCUUAUGUGCUCCCGUUAACAGACCAGAUUACAAUACUGGUCUUUUAAAUGUUAGCAGUGAUAGCAACAUUAACUAUAGUGGUGUGUGUAUAGCCCUUCUACACAGUCUGACUCUUCUGACACUGUGUGACAUGCCCUCUGAUCCAGUGAUCUAGGAUCUUCUGAGUGGCUUUAGGCCUGAAUCUCUGCCCUCCUGCCCAAAUAAAUGUUUUCUCUUCUGAUAUAUCUGCCACUGUCAGCAGCCAGCAG